UCAAAAUGGUACGCACAAAAAUCCAACCCGACUCCAGACGCACCGCGACGACGCCCUAACCUCGCUCCGUUCCUCCCCUGCUGACGCCGCCGCCGCCCGAUCCCUUUCACCGCUCAUCUUUGCCGUUGCCGCAGGCGGAGCCGCCGCUUCCCUGAGUCAAUGCACACAGCUUUCCAACAAGUAGAGAGGCUGUUUCAUUGACUUAAAACCUGGUCGCCUAAGUUCGAUGGCUCACCCACGUGCGAUGGGUCACCCUCUGCGAUACUUUUUCAGAAUAGAUGGGUAAGGCAAAGCGUGGAUCAAUAUUUAUCAGGUUGGUCUCAGCUGCUGGAACUGGAUUCUUUUAUGUUAAGCGAAAGAAUCCUGGGAAGAUGACAGAAAAACUCGAGUUCCGCAAGUAUGAUCCGCGAGUGAACAAGCAUGUUCUCUUUACAGAAGCAAAGAUGAAGUGAGGUCCUAUUUUUCUCUUGAUUUUCUGUAAGUGGCACUAUAUGCCCUGGCGGAAUUGCUAAAGACGUGGUGUUCUAAAAUAAUAUUUCUGUGAUGUUAGUUACCUUUA